CAAACACAAGCACAAGCAGUUUCUUUGCAUUAUGGAUUGUUUGAAGCAGAAAGUCAAACAAGGGAAGAGAGUUGCUGAUGAUGAGCUCAAGGAUGAAGCAAAAAUGGAGGAGGUUGCAGUUGAGGUUGAACCCAAGACUGGGAUUUCCUUUCACCUUAAAUUAGAUGAUGGCAAGCAGUUGGGUUGUGUUGGUUUGAGGACCAAGCAUGCUCUUGGCAUGAACCUCAAGAUUUAUGCCUAUGGGAUGUAUGCAGAUAGUGAGAAACUGAAGGAUCUUCUCAAGUCAAAGAUUGGGGAAGCCCCGGCGACACCCACAGAGGAAAUGUACCAGUUGGUAAUCGACAGUGAUGUCUGCUUGGUUAUAAGAUGGGUGAUUGUAUUUCCUGGCCUUAGCACGAGUAUGUUUAAAAAGAACCGUGAUGAUCGUCUUGUAGAAUCCAUAAAAAAACUAAGUGGUGACAAGAAGAAUGCAGAGCUCGCAGACACGAUCAUGGCUCAAGCACCUGAUAGCAUUAAGGUACCACCUGGUUCUGUAAUGGAGAUUCAUCGGAUUCCAGGAUAUAUUUUACAAAUAAAAGUGGCAGGUGAAGUGGUAAGCAAGGUUGAGGGUGAACUUCUGUCCAGGGCUUACAUACACAUGUACCUGGGAGAUGAUGCCCUUGACAAAGAUGCCCGAGAAAAAUUUGGAACGUAUCUGCUUUCUCUCUUCUAAUCAAACACUAAACCAAGGUUUAAGAGAAUAAGGUUUACCUCCUAGUGGGCUCUUUGGAGACAUCAGAUGAAAGUAAAUUCACUGGUGACUGAAAAAUUGCUCAAUAAUAUGUAUGGUAGUGAGAAUGUGUUCUGGUUUCUACUAUAAGAUCCAUCUGUCGUAAAUGUAACUUUUUCGUUUAUUUAGAGAUUAUUUGGAUCCAAACUACCAAAAAUCUCUUUCUUCAUAAACUUGUGUGGUUACUACCAAAGAAUAGACCAAUAAACAAAUAAAUAAAUUUAGCUACAACAUCAA